UUCAGCCGAUCUCGUUUUUCUCCUCAAGCGGCUGGAAUCACCUCCUGCAUUUUUCCACUUCUUCAGGUUGGUUUCCGGUGCUCUUGAGGUUUUAUUCAGUGGACGUGAUAAAUUAUUUUCCGUAUCUGAUCCAAACCUGUUCGUCUGCUCCAAAUCAUACUUCUCUUCAACAGCCGUCGCGAGAUAAUCUUGUAAGUUUGUUAAGCUCAGUAGUGAAGGACAUGGCAAGGUCGUUGUCGAACAUACUCUUGAAGGGAAUAUCAAGUCUACCAGCUGCCCGUUCUGGUAGAAUUGUAUCUGGAGCAUUAUAUCAAAAUGGAAUAAGAUAUUCUACUUCUGAGACCAAUGAUCCUGACAUGCAUGAAGACUUUAGACCCCACCUAAGGAUUAAUAAUUCAGCUGUGUCCUUGAAGGAUGUAGUGGAGCAGGAUGUUAAAGAAAAUCCUGUUAUGAUUUACAUGAAAGGAGUGCCCGAAUUUCCUCAAUGUGGAUUCAGCUCUCUGGCAGUAAGAGUGUUGAAACAAUAUAGUGUGCCUUUAAAUGCUAGAAAUAUCCUGGAAGAUCCCGAGCUGAAAGGUGCUGUAAAAGCCUUCAGCCACUGGCCUACAUUUCCUCAGAUUUUUAUCAAGGGAGACUUCGUUGGAGGUUCAGAUAUAAUCCUCAACAUGCAUCAGACCGGUGAACUGAAAGGAGAAGCUCAAAGAUAUCAGUGCCAGCCAGAAGUCUGAAUGAGAAAUGGUUGACCAUGAA